AAAUGUGCUCCGUCUGUGCAUUUGCGAACCCUUGAUUAUUUGCAGACCUCUGAUUAUUUCGUAGAGAAUGAUUUGCUUUCAGUCACAGGUGGAAGUGUUGUAUUUUGCAGAAAGUGCUGAAAUAACAGGAAUUCGUUCAGAGACCAUUUCUGUGCCACAAGAAAUAAAAGCAUUGCAGCUGUGGAAUGAGAUAGAAACGCGCCAUCCUGGAUUGGCUGACGUCAGAAAUCAGGUGAUAUUUGCUGUUCGUCAAGAAUAUGUCGAGCUUGGAGAUCAGCUCCUCCUGCUUCAAUCAGGAGACGAAAUUGCCAUUAUCCCCCCCAUUAGUGGAGGAUAGUGCUUUUGAGCCACCUGGGAAAGAUACAAAUGAAGUUGAAGAGGAAUCGAAAGAUAUAAUAAAAUUCACAUCUGAGCAACUUUCAGUAGAUGAAGUUUCACAGCUGGUGAUUUCUCCAUUCUGUGGUGCAAUAUCCCUAUUUGUAGGAACUACAAGGAAUAACUUCGAAGGGAAAAAAGUCAUUAGCUUAGAGUAUGAAGCAUAUCUACCAAUGGCAGAAAAUGAAGUCAGAAAAAUUUGUAGUGCCAUUAGGCAGAAAUGGCCAGUCAAACACGUAGCAGUGUUCCAUCGGCUUGGCUUAGUUCCAGUGUCAGAAGCAAGCAUUAUCAUUGCCGUGUCGUCAGCCCAUAGGACCGCAUCCCUUGAAGCUGUGAGCUAUGCCAUUGAUACUUUAAAAGCCAAGGUGCCCAUAUGGAAAAAGAUCAUCAAAGGCAAAAUAGGAAAGUUCUACCACCUGAGGUGGCAGGAAAAAAGAAGUGCCUCAAUUUCCAGGGAUCUGUUGGAUGAUCUACAUAUUCCAUGCUUUAGGGGCCGGAGUGAUGUUAGAGAAAUCUGCGGUCACUGGACACUUUGAAGCGUGGCUCCUUGGGGAUACACUGCUGCGUGUUUUCCAGGGGUCACUGAUCUGUGCUGCGAAGCUGCCUUAGUGUUUCAGCAGGUAGAGAACUCUGGUUCCCAGGCUUGGAAAUGGGUGUCACCUGCAGCCUGUACCUGCAUAGCUGUGCCUCAAUGUGUCUGUGCCCAUGAACCCACUUCCCUUCUUGAAGGUGAUCCUAUUAGCACCUGUGGUGUCUAUAUGGUAUUCAUCUCUCAAGACACAUGUCUCUCUGAACAAUUCAAGAUAACUGGUAUCAACUAGUACCAUUUUGCCUGGUGCUCUCAGGUUUACUUGCUUUGGGUGGGCAAGAAAAUGGAAUAACUCAUGUCCUUCUGGAUGACCUCUUUUGAAAAAUGCCUCAUUUUCUCCCAGUUGGAAGAAACCCCUAAUCUGCUAUGUCAGGAAUUUUCCACCCAGAAACUAAUUUUCCGUAACUGGAUUCAGUAUUUGUGUUUGGGGCUUCAACGUCCAGGAGUGGGGACAUUGCUUGAGAUCUCAUGUGGACAGUAGGACACAGGCGUGGAGAAGGAAGUGGCAACUCCUCGGGGCCCUGCGAGUUCUGCUUUGAGAGCUCGUCCGAGGGCCUGCGGGGGAGUUUCCCUUGGCAUGUGACAGAGGAUUAUUCCUUUGUCUUUCUGGUGUUGCUCUUAGUCAGUAAACCUAAAGAGUCCCUCAAGAUUCCCCUAGGGACCAGUUUGUCCCUGGACUCCUGUUCUAGUUGACAAGGAGGAAAUAUUUUAAUUCAAAUUCCCCAGUUAAGAAUGAGCAUACAGAGGACUUGUUCAGUCAUGAACCAAAUAUGUUAUGACCCGGAGUGAUGUCCAUGGUCACAGGCUGCCCGCUGUUUCA